UUUGGAACUCAAAAGCCAUUUUCCCAACGUCAGCGAGACAAAAAGGCGAACGUUGUGGUUGUCUUGGCUUUUGUCCUAUUUCAUCACUGUUUUGUAGCUAAAUCGACUCGAACAGACUAAUUCAUACGGCAUUAAAGCGCCGAGAUAUUUCAUAUCUUCAAAGUUAUCGCCCUAAUAUCGCAUGUCCUCUAUCCAGAACCUCCAAUCUUUUGAUCCCUUUGCUGAUGCAACCAAGGGUGACGACCUUCUCCCUGCCGGGACUGAGGAUAAAAUCCACAUAAGGAUACAGCAACGAAACGGACGCAAGACCCUGACCACUGUACAAGGGAUUGCAACAGACUACGACAAGAAGAAGCUUGUGAAAGCCUUCAAAAAGAAAUUUGCAUGCAAUGGGACUGUGAUUGAGCACCCUGAGUACGGUGAGGUCAUCCAGCUGCAGGGAGACCAGAGGAAAAACAUCUGCCAAUUCCUCCUUGAAAUCGGUAUUGUCAGGGAGGAGCAGUUGAAAGUCCACGGAUUUUAACGUGAUGCUGUUGCCUCCGGACCAGGACCUCACCACCACCACCCCUGUGUAGUCGUCUAUUCAUUAUGCUUUGACCCGUCAAGUUUAGCCACAUACAUGUCUGAUGUAACACUCUGAGAGGCAAUAAAGACACCCACCAUGUCCCCGUUUUUCAAGACGAAA